AUGCCACUCUAUCACUCGACAGCUGCGGUCCUAGGAUUCUUCGCCUGUUUAGCUAGUGGAACCACUCUUUGUAUUGGCCACAGGUUUUCUGCUUCUCAUUACUGGGAUGAUGUACGAGCUACUAAUGCCACGGUCGUCCAGUAUGUUGGAGAAACCAUGCGCUAUCUCCUAGCCACUCCAACCCAAAAGGACCCUGAGACCGGUGAAGAUCUCGACAAGAAGCACAACGUUAGGCUGGCAUAUGGCAACGGACUACGACCAGAUGUUUGGGACAAAGUCAAGGAGCGAUUCGGAAUCCCAACGAUAGGCGAGCUUUAUUCGGCUACCGAGUCGACCUCUGGACUAUGGAAUCUUUCGUCCAACAGCUUCACUGCCGGAUCUAUCGGACGGUCUGGCCUGAUUGCCGACCUGAUUCUCGGUACUUCUGCCGCCAUCGUCAAGCUCGACCAUGACACGGAACUGCCAUGGCGAGACCCAAAGACGGGACUGUGCCAGCGGAUGCCCCGAGGCGAGCCGGGAGAGCUCCUAUAUGCCCUGGAUGCGGCAAACAUCAAGGAUAAGUUCCAAGGAUACUUCAACAACCCCAACGCCAGUAACACCAAGGUCCUACGAGAUGUCCUGAAGAAAGGUGAUGCCUGGUUCCGCACCGGCGAUGUCAUUCGCUACGACGCCGAGGGACGAUGGUAUUUCUCCGACCGCAUCGGCGACACCUUCAGAUGGCGAGGAGAGAACGUAUCCACCAACGAGGUUGCUGAAGUUCUCGGGUCACAUCCCCAGGUCCACGAGACGAACGUCUACGGCGUGCUGCUGCCUCACCACGAAGGCCGUGCUGGCUGUGCCGCCCUGAUCAUGGAAGGAGUCGACCCUGAUGCCGAAAAGCUGGAGCCGUCGGCGGCUUUCCUAUCUUCCCUGGGCGAGCAUGUCACCGCGAACCUGCCGAAGUAUGCUGCUCCUCUGUUCCUCCGCAUCACCCGCGCGCUGGAGACGACGGGCAACAACAAGCAGCAGAAGACCUUGCUGCGGGCAGAGGGCGUUGACCCCAAUGUCCUCGAGAGCAAGAACAGCAAGGACCUGCUUUACUGGCUUAGAGGGAAGACGUAUGUGCCGUUCGAGAAGAAGGACUGGGAGAAGCUCAAUGCCGGUCAGGUCAAGCUGUGA